AUGUCCACGUUUUUAUCAACUUCCAAACCAGAUCCAUUGGAUAAACAAGUAAAAAAUGCAGAAAUUAAAUUAGCUGCCAUGUUAGCAGAGCAUAAUACUGCUUUCUUGUUUAUUGACCAUUUAGUACCAGUAUUAAAAAAAAUAUUUCCUGAUUCUUUGAUUUGUCAAAGAAUUCAGUUAAAACGCACAAAGGCUACAAACAUAAUUAAAAAUGUUAUCGCUCCUUCGGAAAAAGUAGCAUUAAGUACAAAAUUGAAAAAUGUUAAAUUUUCAGUAUUAAUUGAUGAGUCAACUGACAUAGCAUGUCAUUAUGUCAAUCUACCAUGUGCGUGGUUGUAA